AUGCCCGAACUCGUCAUCCCAGGAAUGGGCCAUCCUUCCCACGACCGCCAUCGCUGGCAGAAUGUUUUCCGCGAGGUUGGCGGCAAGCUAUACUGCAUUCCCCCCAAAUUCGCGGACCUCACUGACGCCGACCGCCGGCUUCUGACUGGCGACGAGAUCGCCGAGAUGAGGGCUCUGGCCCGCGAAUUCGUCCCUCGAGACCUCCCGGCUCAGGACAGGGACUUGAUCACGAAAUGGAUCGAGGAGCACACCUUUAAGCCCGAGGGGGGCAAGACUUGGUGGGCCUACGACAAUGCUCUCCAGGCCAUCACAGCGGACCGCGACCUUGAGGAACUGGAAGCACUUCUCCUGCAGUGCUGUCUCUUUGGCAGGAUCCCGAACAACGUUCUCGCGCACGCUCUGAAGAGAGAUCAGCUCUUCUUGUUCGAGCGCAACUACACGGUCACCAACAGGUUGGUCAACGCUCGACGCCCUUCGAGGAUCCGCAAGAUCCUGGCGCCGGCUCGCGCUGUUAUCCGCCGCCAUGGGAGCUAG